CUAUAUAGACGUAUCGCUUCCGUUCGUACCUAUUUCCUCACUCGAAAGUAUACGCAUCUUCUCGCAGCAUUUCUCCCCGACCAUAGUACACAAAUAACACGCAAAGCAUUCAAAGUCCGAACAAAGCGACUUCACCAAACACCACCACGCCCCCAAAAACAAAGACCCCCCUUUCCAGGCAGCAAAAGCGCCUAAGCGCACACCAACUCGGCCCCGCUAGGACUAGGUGGUGCACAGCCACACCGCAAAGUCUAAAAAUUCCUAUAGCAUACAUAAAGCCAUCCCUUCCCCCAGCCCGGCAGCGUAUCCACCACAUCCACCACACCCUCAACCCCACAACCAAAGCAUGCACAUCUUCGACCUCCCGCCCGAGCUCUUCGCCGCCCUCGCAGAGCAAACAGUGCACACGCUCGGCCUGCAACGCACUCUGCGCGCGCGCCUCAUCAGCAAAACCUUCGACGCGGCCCUGACAUCCGCCAUCUUCGCCACCACGGCCAUCGAGCGCGAAUACGCCUCCGCGCCCAGCGACCAACGCGAUCGCGUCAUCGCCCGCCCAUUUCCCGCAAAAUGGGCCGCUGGCGUGCUGUGCGCGCGCUUGAAGCGGCGUGCUGCUUCUGCGCUUACGCCUGGGCUGGAGCCGCAGCCGGAGCCGCCGCUUCUGGCCGUGGCGCGGGAAGUGGUGCGGCGCGUGGGCGAGGCGCAGGAGCAGGGGAGGGAAGAAAGCUCCGCCUGGACCCACGACGAUAUCGCCACCGCCUUCGCUGCCGCAGCCACGGCCUGGGACCUCGGCGGCAACGUCGUCGUCGCCGAGCUCGUCGCCCCCGAGGAGGAAGAACGCAGAGACGAGUGGCGCAACCGCGACACGUCGGCGGCGGGCGUCGUGCGGGUGUGUUGUAGCGUUGCCGCGUGGCUGGGUGAUGAGGGGCUGGUUGCGUAUUUCUUGUCUGUCUGGGACAAGGACAAAGACAAAGAGAGUGACAGUAACAGUGACAGUGUUAGCGAUAGUGAUAUCAACGACGACCCGCCCUUCCUCGGCCCGCCGCUCUGGGCCGCUGCGAGCCGUGGCCAUGAACGCAUUGUGCGCGACCUGCUUGCGCGCGGCGCCAGCCCCGUCGAAGCAGCCUUCGACACCGAGUGGCCGUACCUGUCGAGCGCGUCGCCGGUGAUCGCAGCCAGCGCGACAGGGAAUCUGGCCCUCGUGCGCUUACUCCACGGCGCAUGCAGCGAGGCGGCAAAGGUGGCGCUGGCGAGCAGCGUGUGGCCGGUGCGGAAAGCGGCCGAGGGGGGAGACGAAGCCGUGGUGGGAUUUUGGCUGGGGGAGCUGGCGCGCGUGCAGGAGGCCGAGGCAGAGGCAGAAGCAGAGGCGGGGAAAGCGAAGGAGGUGACAGAAGAAGAGGAAGAGCAAGCACAACACGAGCGGCACGACGCCCGCGCCCUCCUCCUCGACGCCGCCCUCCUCGGCGCGUGCUGGCACAGCCACGUCCCCCUCGCGUCUUCCCUCCUCGCGCAGGGCGCCUCUACCGACGCACUCGACACGUACACCGACGCCGCGCGCAAGUACACGCCGCUGGACAUCGCCGUGGUGCGGGGAUGCGCGCCGCUGAUUACUUUGCUCGCGGUGCACGGCGCCGUCGACGACAUCCACCACUCCUACAACGCACCAACAGCGCUACAAAUAGCCGCGUCACGGGGGCACACGGCUGCGGUGAUGGCGCUGCUCGAGGCCGGCGCGCCCGUGUACCGCGCGAGAGGCCCGCUAAGAGUCGCGGCCGAGAGGGGGUGGGUGGGGACGGUUAAGGCGAUCCUGGACAGCGGCUUUGAUGUCGGCCGCUGGGAUCCGUAUUUCGACCAAGAGCCGGGGGCGCUGGGGCGGGAGGCGGUGUUCUGGGCGGUGGUGCGGGGGUAUGGCGACGUGGUGCGGGUGCUGGGGGAGGGGGGGUGCGAUGUCAAUGGCGCGCGGUGGGGAGGGAGAGAAGUCAUGGUUGUUGAGGCGAGGAGGAGUGGGCAUGAAGAUGUCGUAAAGGUACUGUUGGAGCUGGGCGUUGUCCCGCCCGUGGGGUUUGAGAGUGUUAAGAGGGAUGAGGCGUGGGCGGAGCCGGUGGACCCCGAGUGGGCGGAUGUGCAGGACCGCUUUUUGCCGUAUUGUUUGGAGUAGGGCUGGGGUGUUGUUCGCUGCGCUGCUAGAAGGCUCUACAAACCUCACGCUGCAGGCAA